UCGGCGGGAGCCUAGUGUCGACUCUCAGUCCCGCUGUGAACGCAGCAAGGAACGCUACGGAUGUUUUACCCUCGAUGUUGGAAGACGUGUUCGUCAUCGUCCCGUGCACAUUGUCGUGGUCGCCUUUUUCAAACAUGCAUUGAGAAUAAGUUGUGUCGUCAUCCUCGCGGACAAAUUAUCGCAAAAACUCGGUGUUACUGUUCGAAUUGAGUGUCGUUUAAACGGGAUUCGAAUACAAGGCGGGAAAUCGGAAGAAAAUUUGAAAAAUUUCGAAAAAUUCGAAUUUUUCGCUCCAAGUAAUUCCCGCGGUGAGUCUAUCCUGAGUGAGAGCUGGGAAGGAUAGGGAAGGAGUGGGGAGAGAGGAAAGGACAGAUGGACGUCGAGAGAAUCGAAAAAGGAAUUGCGAGAGCUGCGGAGUGAAGUUGCGGAUCGAGUCGUUACAAUUCGUACACAACAUAUCCAACGUGGUGUACGUUUCUGCUCGCCGGCCGACAAUCGAAAGUCGGAGUAACUUCGUCCGAGACAUGAUCUCGUUUCUCAACUGACCGGAACCGAGAAGAAAGAGCCGAUCUCGCCGCGGUCAGGAUGAUGAACGCUUUCCUGGACGGCGUGUCCUCGCAUCCGCACCACCUCGCCAAUCUCGGCAUCAAGCUGUCGCCCAGCAGUGGCGGUGGCACGGCUGGAUCAACGGACGCCGGCACAGGUGUCCAACCGGCACCGGGCGACGCUCCGUCCCAGCAGCACCACCACUUUCACCCCCAAGGAUAUCCCCCUCACCAUCCCCAUCCGGCGUCCCACAUGGCGCCCCACAUGGGCCACCACAUGAGCCAUCAUCCCGGCUACGCGGCCCGCGACUUCCUUCUGCGCCGCGAGCACGAGUUCAACGCGACCGCGAAUCCAACCACGCCCGAGAGCGGCCUGGGAUUGUUCACGCCGCUCCACCACGACGGGACGGCCGCCACGAUGCAGCAAUUCUCCCAUCAUCCGAGCCAACAUCCCGCCCUGGCGGCCGGCCACUAUCCCGGCCACUACCCCCAGGACUCGAGGCUACCCCCUCACCACCAGUACCUGGGCGCUCCCCAUUUGACGCCGGCCUCGAUCCAUCACCAACAGCACUCGGCCGUCACCCAUCCGAGUCAUCAUCCGCACGGCGCGUUCCUCAGGUACAUGAGGAGCAACGGAAGCGGAGGCGGCGGCGGCGGGGGCGGCGGCGGUGGGGCCGGGGGCAUCGGCGGCGGCCAGAGGCAAGAGAUGUCCUGCAUGUGGGUCGACCAGGACGCGCCCGGUCCCGGAAGGAAGCUUUGCGGCAAACUCUUCAACUCCCUCCACGACAUCGUGACACACCUCACUGUGGAGCACGUGGGCGGUCCCGAGUGCACCACGCACGCGUGCUUCUGGCAGGGAUGCUCGCGUAACGGCAGGGCCUUCAAGGCCAAGUACAAGCUCGUCAAUCACAUAAGGGUGCAUACCGGCGAGAAACCCUUCCCCUGCCCGUUCCCCGGCUGCGGCAAAGUCUUCGCGAGAUCCGAGAACUUGAAAAUUCACAAGAGGACGCACACCGGCGAGAAACCGUUCAAGUGUGAAUACUCAGGCUGCGAGAGGCGGUUCGCGAACAGCAGCGACCGCAAGAAGCACAGUCACGUCCACACGUCCGACAAGCCUUACAAUUGUCGAGUUUCCGGCUGCGACAAGUCGUAUACCCAUCCUAGCUCGUUGCGCAAACAUAUGAAGGUGCACGGUAUGACCCUGGGUGAGGGCAAGAUAGGAGGGGGUUACGAGAGCGAGGGUGAAGAGAGCAGCAGCAGCGGGGGUAGCUUGUCCGUGACCGGGCACACCGAAUCGCCGCAACCGCCCCCGGUCGUCCCGACAACGACCACGACCAACCCACCGUCGAGCCAUCCUUCGACCAGGGGCCCAGAGUUGACGGAGUGGUACGUCUGUCAGCCGCCAACGGUCGGUCCCCAGCACAGCCCGUUGCCGGGCCCACCGCCUCCCCAUCACCUCGGUCCGCACCACUUCAACCCGCUGAUGCAUCACCAAGCGACCGCUUACUAGUUCCUCCUCUCCCCAGGGAUCGAGGAACGAGGUGGUCGAUCAACGAGGAUCGCCGCGGAGAAUUUUUUCUCGUGGAGAAUGGAAUAAGUGAGAAAAGUAAGAAAAGUAAUCGAAGAAGUGCGGGAAAGGUUUCCGGGGGAACAAGACGCUCGCGCAAGGAGGGGGGGCGGGGAAGUCGAGAGGGAUAUCCGCCAAUUCGAACCAGCUCGAAGGAACGAUAAUUUGUAUAUAUGAGGAGGCGGAUAAGAAAACGAUGGUACGUGAACAAGAUAUUUUGUUGAUAUUCUGUUAAGAAAUCGUUUUAUGCGAAAAUCGAAUUUUGCGUAUUAUACGUAAUUUAUACGUAUAUUACAUUUAAGUGUUUUAUUUAUAUAUAUAUUUUGUAUUUUUCAAUUUUUUUUUUUUUGUUUUUUUUCUUUAUUUUUACAACGAUAGCGAAUUGCGA